AUGCAAUUUUUGUUCUAUUCUUUAGUAACCACCGUUCUGGCACAGUAUGAACUGGCUAAUUUCAAGUGUCCUGUCGGUGAAUAUGCUAUAGCUUUGGGUUGCUCCAAUGCCCAACAAUGUAAACCUUUUACAAGUGAUCCGGUUGACUGCAUUAGGAGUGCAUGCUGUGUCAAAUCAAACUAUUCCACUCCACUGCCAUAUUCCGUUUCAUUAAUUUGCAGUAAUGGCGGAAUAGCCGUGGUAGUUGGUUGCAUCAAAUCCCAACAAUGUCUUCCAUUCACCAAAGAACCUGUCGCUUGUUUACAAGGAGUUUGUUGUACGGUACCACAGAAAUGCCCAAAUGGUGGACGUAUUAUUGGAUUACAGUGUACAACUUCAGAAUCAUGUAUUCCGCUAGCCGAAGGAUGUCCGGUGAUGUGCAUCGAUACAAUGUGUUGCACUUAUUGA